UGGGAUGCCUCAGUUGGCGGCUAUGGCGGAGAUACCAUUGGCCUCCAGUGGGCUGCGUCCGACACCGCAUGAGUCGGUGAAGCUGCCAAGCGUUUAAAUCUACCUAGUAUAUAGGUAAUUGAUACGAAGCUCCAUAUCAAUAUAUUUUAUCCGUCGCCUCCUUCCCCGGGAUACUCCGUGGAAGCUGGGAUGGAGAGGACCCGAGGAGAGAGAUAGAAGGACGCGUAUAUUCGGUCGUUAGUAGCUUCUUGAAUUGGAGGACCGGGGGACGUCGUUGAGAGAUAGCCUUUAAUCUUCAGAUUCUCAAGUUUGGAUCAGCUUCGUCCUUCAUUUUCCACUUGUCGUACCAUUCUACCAUCGUGCCACUGUUACACACGGGGAACGACGAGCCCAGCACGCGUCACGAUGCUAUCGGAUUUUUGGAAUGAGCAUUUCAGGCACGAUCAUUGGAAAUCUAAGCUGUUACUCAAGCUGCGAAGCCUAACGGGGCAUGAAGAAGAUGAGACCGAUAGCGAGGACGAAGACGAAGACUUUAAACCUCCCGAGGAGCCAUAUCGACCACCAGCGUAUCCAUAUCGACGAUUGGUCGAUGAUGACAUCCGACUUCUCCGCAUUACAUCGGGCUCGGGCCCAGUUGAGUGCACCCUCCACCAGCUGCCUCUAGGUACAGUGAGGCACUUUCAUCCCCUAUCCUAUGUAUGGGGCGAUGUAGAGGACAGGAGAUCUAUCAUUCUAGAAGGACGACCUUUUACGGUCACAAAAAACCUAUACGAAGCGUUAUACCAAUUCAGACAGCGUCCCCGCGGUAUCUACCCGGAAGAUUACUUCUGGAUCGAUGCCAUCUGCAUCAACCAAGAAGACACGGCCGAAAAGUCCCUCCAGAUACCGCGCAUGGCAGACAUAUAUCUUCAUCCUAAUGGUUUCUGUACCAUCUGGUUAGGGCCUCUUCCUGAAACACCCGCCAAAAGCUUUCCCGAGAGGCUCCGGAAGGCUAUCUCCCCUCAAGCUCAAAUACCGUCAGCCAGAGCCAUAAAAAUCACUUUCAAGAAAGCUGAAUCGAUGUGGAGCGACUGGGAACCAGUUGAUGAAGAUGACAACACGCUACCAGAUGCGGGACUUGGAGACUCGUUCGGCGACGUAGUUCGAGUAAUGAGGUUUAUACUGGUAAACCCGUGGUUCUCGAGGGUGUGGACUAUCCAAGAAUCCUGCUUGAGAUAUCCCAAGCUGUUUAUUGGACAUCUCGGCGUCGACUUGGACAAAUUCGCCAGCCUAUUCCAAACCGUCUCCAUGCAGUUGAAGUAUAAUUACACUUUCGCUGGGUCUGCCAGAUUAGUUGCCUUUCAACAAAUUGACGAGCUUCAGUCGUCUCUCCAGCGGAAUGACGAGAACGAUUCGAAUAAACUAAACUCAGCCGAGCUUCUCGGGGAGUUAUUCAGAAUCUCGUGUCGGACAUACUCUACCGACCCUCGAGAUCAGGUCUAUGGCCUAUUGGGCCUAUUCAACCAUCUCACCACUGAAAAGUUGCCGGCGUACCUGGCCCCAAAUUAUGACCUAUGCUACGAGCAGAUAUUUUGGGACUACGCUUCUUUUGUACUCCAGUUUUCCGGGGAUUUGGGAAUACUCGAAUUCCGGUCGAGCGAGCUACAGAACACCCCGUCCUGGGUUUCUGACUUCCGAAACCUGUCCACAUGGUUGAAACCGCAGCGCCGGCAACUAGCAAAAAUUUCUCCCGACAAUCGGGUACUAUACCUAGAAGGUUAUAGGAUAGGAACUUUCUGCAGUUCUAUCGUUCAUUUCCCCUUGGCAUAUUUCGACCAGACUAUGAACGCCCUGCCAGCCGGGCUACCGAAUCGCCUGAGAGAGCUCGAGGAGCUCAUCCUGAAACCGUCAGCAGCUCUUAGGCAAACCACAGUGGAAGAGGUUUUCUAUGGCAUAAUAAAGAAGGUUGUGUUAUACUUCUUCGAUGACGACCGUGAAUGGUUCGAAGAAAUAUUCAAUCGUCUGCUUACGUCAAAGGGACGACUAAAAACAUGGUAUGCAAGGAGAAGGGCGACAGGGACUACCCGCUUGAUAGAAAGGCUUAUCGCUGGCCAGUUGGCUUUUUCUUUUAUGCUCCUCAGCGACGGCACUGUCUUGGAGUUGAUGAGAACGGAUGCUUCUACGCAACCCGGGGACCUGGUAUACUUAUUCAAAGGAGCUCAGACACCAAGCUUAGUGCGGCCGUCCGGAACGGGAUAUACAUUCAUAAGUCAGUGCUCUCUAAGAGGUGGCCCGCUUGAGCAGCAGUUUGACGAUGAGUUUUGGGCUGGCAGGGAUACGGAAACAAUCGGAUUAGUAUAGUCGCGCUCAUAGCGGGGUCUUAUCGUUUGGGAAUAUGUUAGAGCCGUCUACUUGUUUCCUCUCUCUUCCCUCCUUUGUAUCUGGGCUCGAGAGCGGCGGGUUAGGACACCGGACUGAACGGAAACGAAACAAUCCUUUACUUCGAAGAGCAGCUGUAUAGAUUAGAGCGAAACAACUAUUAUAAAGCAGUUUUACGAUAUUAAGUCGUAGGACACACUCUCACAUCGCAACUAGUUGACUGACGGCGGCGGAUAUUAUAGCUCACCCCGACAUAAUACACCCUUGAC